CUCUCUCUCACUCACUCACACACACACAGUAGCUCUCUCUCCUUACUUGUCUCGUUGUUUCUCGUCCUCUCUCUCUCUCUCUCUCUGUCUUUAUUCCCCGCCCUCCCUUUCUCUUCGCUUAUAUAUAUUUUUCUCAUUGCAAUUUUCACCAUCCCCUCUCUCUCUCUCUCUCUUCCUUUGCAUUAUUCAUCAAUGGCAGAUCUCAAGUCCACAUUCUUGAAUGUCUACUCCGUCCUCAAAUCGGAGCUCCUCCACGACCCCGCCUUCGAGUGGUCCGAUGAAUCUCGUCAAUGGGUUGACCGGAUGCUGGACUACAAUGUUCCUGGAGGGAAGCUGAACCGUGGUCUGUCAGUUAUUGACAGCUAUAGAUUGCUAAAAGAAGGACAGGCAUUAAAUGAUGACGAAAUUUUCCUUGCUAGUGCUCUUGGUUGGUGUAUUGAAUGGCUUCAGGCAUAUUUUCUUGUUCUUGAUGACAUUAUGGAUAACUCUCACACACGUCGGGGUCAGCCAUGCUGGUAUAGAAUACCCAAGGUUGGACUGAUUGCAGCAAAUGAUGGAAUUCUCCUACGAAAUCAUAUUCCCCGUAUCCUUAAGAAACACUUCAGGGGAAAGCCAUACUACGCUGAUCUUCUUGAUUUGUUCAAUGAGGUUGAGUUCCAGACUGCUUCAGGACAGAUGAUAGAUCUGAUCACCACACUGGAAGGAGAAAAGGACCUUUCCAAAUACACAUUAUCACUGCAUCGGCGUAUUGUUCAGUACAAGACUGCCUAUUAUUCAUUUUACCUUCCAGUUGCAUGUGCAUUGCUCAUGGCUGGUGAGAAUCUGGAUAACCAUAUUGAUGUGAAGGACAUUCUUGUUGAGAUGGGAACAUACUUUCAAGUUCAGGAUGAUUAUUUGGAUUGCUUUGGUGAUCCUCAAACAAUUGGAAAGAUAGGUACAGAUAUUGAAGAUUAUAAAUGCUCUUGGUUAGCUGUGAAAGCAGUGGAACUUAGCAAUGAAGAACAAAAGAAAGUUUUAUAUGAAAACUAUGGGAGACCAGAUCCAGAAAAUGUUGCUAAAGUGAAGGUCCUGUAUAACAAGCUUAAUCUUCAGGGUGUAUUUGCUGAGUAUGAGAGCUCGACCUAUGAGAAGCUUGUGAGCUCCAUUGACGCUCAUCCUAGCAAAGCAGUUCAAGCUGUCUUGAAGUCCUUCUUGGCUAAAAUUUACAAGAGGGAGAAGUAGAUUCAAUCUAAGGCCGGGGUCAAAAUUGUUGAAGAUGCUAUAGAAUCUAGAAUCCUGAUUUCUAUCUAGAGCUGUACUUCUGAAAAAUUGAUCUUCUUAUUAUUGUCCCUUUGUAUUUUUCCCUUUUGAGGGUGAUAAAUCUUGUUGUAUUUUAUCAUGUAAACUGUCUUGUGUUACUUGUUUGGUUACUAAUAAUCUUUCUUAUUCUAAA